AUGACAUUCUUUUCAACGUAGCAAAACGAAUCAAACCCGGUUACGGUGAUAGAUCAACGUGAAUCCAGUUCAUCUGUCGACUGACAAUGUAACUCUUCACUAGUUCUAAAUAUAAUUAUCUUACGCUAUCAGCAGUGACAUUGCUUCAAGCAGUGCAUCUCUCCGUUGAUGACAGACAACCCUCCGAGGUGUGCCUUAUAUAAAAGCAAUAACCGGAGAAAGCUUUGUUCUUCCGUUGGUGAGUGUAGUCGCAGUAAGGUGUAUCGGUUAACGGACAACGGCACGUGUGCGCGAUACUCGGUGUGAAUUGUGUAGCGAAUGAACGAAAAUGAGCCAGCCGAGUCAAUACGAUCCUGUGGUGCACGAUGAACGAUCUCCACUGCUUUCGAAAGGGACGUCCGGCGGUCUACCAGAGGGACCUUCGUGGGUUAGCUAUGGAACGCGACGACGACGAGACAGGUGCUGUCGAUGGAUAUCGAAGUUUUUCAUCAUCCCUCAGCGGGUGAUAUUGGCGAUCUUCGGCUUCCUGGCGAUUCUCAAUGCCUACACGAUGCGAAUCUGCCUCUCGAUCGCCAUCACCGAGAUGGUCAACAAGACCACCUCGGUGGAGGAGGACGAAGGGGUCUGCCCGAUCGAUGACAACGCCAACAUGGAGGACUUUACCGGCGGAGAGUUCAACUGGGACCAGGAACUGCAGGGCGUCAUCCUGUCGUCGUUCUACUGGGGCUACGUGAUAACGCAUCUACCGGGAGGCAUCCUGGCGGAGAAAUUCGGCGGCAAGUGGACCCUGAGUUUGGGUAUUCUGUCGACGGCGUUCUUCACGUUGAUCACUCCCUGGGCGGUGGGCAUCGGUGGAUCGACGGCUCUGAUCAUCAUUCGAGUGCUGAUGGGUUUGGGCGAGGGUACAACCUUCCCGGCGUUGAGUGCCCUGCUGGCCUCUUGGAUUCCACUGAAGGAGCGCAGUAAGUUGGGCUCACUGGUGUUCGGUGGCGGACAGGUUGGCACCAUUCUGGGCAAUUUGAUCUCUGGAUAUUUGCUGCACAGUUUUGAUGGCUGGUCAUCAGUGUUUUACUUCUUCGGAGGCAUGGGAGUUGUGUGGUUUAUUUUAUUUACGCUGCUUUGCUACAGUGACCCGCAAUCACAUCCCUUCAUCAGUGACAAGGAGAAGGAUUUCCUCCAGAAAGAGUUGGGAGCAUUGACUCGGGACAAGACUCUUCCUCCGACUCCAUGGCGUUACAUUCUGACCAGUGUACCGAUGAUUGCUUUGGUUUGCGCUCAAAUCGGUCACGAUUGGGGCUUCUUCAUCAUGGUUACAGACUUGCCCAAGUACAUGAGCGAUGUGCUGCGAUUCUCGAUCAAGGACAAUGGAUUGUACUCCUCGCUUCCGUAUCUGGUGAUGUGGAUCGUUUCGCUCUCGACGGGGGUGCUGAGCGAUUGGCUGAUCUCAUCCGGCAAGAUGUCGAUCACCUUCGGACGGAAGCUGUUCACCACUAUUGCCUCAGCCGGCCCUGCCUUCUUCAUCGUUGGAGCGUCCUACGCCGGUUGUGACCGAGUGCUGGUGGUAGCCCUCUUCACCAUUGCCAUGGGUCUCAUGGGAACCUUCUACCCGGGCAUGAAGGUCAACCCACUGGAUCUGAGUCCAAACUACGCCGGAAGCUUGAUGGCCGUCACGAACGGUAUCGGUGCCAUCACGGGUAUCAUCGCCCCUUACGUGGUUGGCAUCAUGACUCCUAAUCACUCGUUGGAAGAAUGGCGUAUCGUGUUCUGGAUUUCGUUCGCCGUGUUCCACGUGACCAAUCUGGCGUACGUGAUGUGGGCUUCUGGAGAGGUGCAACCCUGGAAUACGCCCCACCUCAUGAACAAAUCCGUGGAGUCCGGGGAUGUGAAUCAGGACACCUUCAGUGAGAAGGAGACUCCGGCUGCCAUCAAAGCAUCUCACUAAAACAAAGCUAUAGUUCGUUGCAGUUUAGUAGUUGUUAUAAAUUGUAAUUUAUUCUACAUAGUAUUAGUAGUUGGAAGAUUACGCAGUCAUGCAGCACCAAGUGCUGUAAUAUACAAGAAUGGUUUAUCUAACCCAGCGACGUUUCAAAUAAUUGACGUUCGGCCGAAACUUCUCGGCUCUGUUGUAGUUAGCAUAUUAGUGGGAUCAUCCUCACUGUACGAAGUGAUACACGUCUUUGUAUACUGUGUCCUGCUUUCACGGACAGAAAAUUUGAUCCAAAACCUAGAUCUGUCCGUAAUAGAUGUGUUAAGCAGCAAUUCCCAAACGAUCGAACGAUGAAAGUCACUAUUAGCUUGUAUCUUAUAGUUAGGAUUUUCCCAUUGUACAUAUAGCCUGCCUUCAGGCCUAGCAUUUCGAGUUUACAAGAGCAUAUACAAGCGCAGAUCCGGAUCGAAAUCCCACGUAGAAAUCGCAUUCCUCCAAGUUGAACCAACAAACUCACAGUCGAAAUGCUACGAAGCGGGUUGUCAUCGAAGGCCAACGUACGACUUCAAUGUCAAAAAAUAGCAUUCCUUACAUACCGGCAUGGCAUGCAUUUAUGAUCGCUGCAACAAAAACGCAGCACAAAAACACAACACAGAGUUGAGCCUGGACAUGAAAGCGCUUGGACCAUCGGAAAAAUCGCAGGCGAUGGAACGAUGAGAGGUGAUGACAGCUCAGCAAAAUUCGAACGGCCUUGGAGCACUUUGCUGGGUCGGAGAGCUGUUGAUAUGUUCCAAGCACAGCGCAAAACUCAGAGUUCAACCUUUGACGACAAGAUAAUUUCGCUGUAAUUUCCCCCAGUAAUUUCGUUCGUGUGAGGUGCAAUUUGUUACAAUGCAAACGCACAUCGCAAAAGCAUACACUACAACGUAUCGGAUGGACUGCUGGACGACGGUUCGAUUGACGUAAGACCGUUUGGGGAAACCAUUCUGAAGGGGUAUGGAGAUGGAAGCUACUUUAAAUGAGUGACGUUUUGUGAUGAAGUGAACACCGAACUGAAGAGUUUCCCGUUUAAAACGCCGAGUAUGUUUGAGUAUUUAAAAAUGCUGUUAAAAAUAAAGAAUGAAAGCAAAA